AUGCAGGCACGGCAAAGACAUGGAGCUUCUCUGUUUAUAUGCCGGGAGUCUUCUAGUCACUUCUCAAGCCACGUGGAGCUCAUGGCUUGGUUUCUCUCGCGACUCGAGCGGCAGGCCCUUGCAGGCUUUGCUGUGUGCGUCGUGGUCACAGCUGUUCUGCAUGAGGUGAUGCAGCUCCGAGAUCUGGCGACAUCUAUCCAGACGCAAUUGUUGGAGGAUCACUAUUCCACUCUAGGCGUGGCCGCGGAUGCCAGCCAAGCUGAGAUCACAACGGCUUAUCGGCGCGCAACUAACAAGAUCAGCUCAAAGCAGCAAGCUGACAAGCAAAGUCGGGCAAAGCUCAGUGCGGCAUACGAGACCUUGUCCGGAGCAUCACGACCUGCCUACGACAAGCGCAGGCAGUUCGUGAUGCUGGCGAGCUUCAUCCUGAUUGCGGCCUUGGUUAGUGUGCCUGCCGUGUUUCUCGCUUACUUCUGUGCUCGGGUCUUGGUGCGAGUGCGUGCACGAGAUCUAGAUCCUGAAAGCUUCACGGGGCGAGUGAAUCAGAGUCUUCAGAGCAUGGAGCGGUCCUUCGAGGUGAAGAUCGCCAAGGACCAGGACGUGCGCCUGGGAGCCCAGCUCAUGCCCGUCGACAACGGAAAAAGGCUACAAAUCUGCAACAUCGUGGAUGAAGGUCUCAUUCAUCAGCACAACUCGAAGGUGCUUGAAGAGAGGGCAGGUUGUAACGAGGUUGGCAUCUCACCAGCCGGAAUGGUUUGGUGGCACCUGCCUUUGCUUCGCGAAAGUGACAUCAUCGAGUCGGUCAACGAGAAGAGGGGUGCCACUGACAUGAUGAACGAGCUGAAGUCUGGCGAGGAGUGGCUCUCUCUCCGCAUACGCCGACGUCUCGUUGGUGGAGCUUCGGUUCUUCCCUUCCUCUUUGAGCAGAAGCUGACCCGCCGUGAGAACGAAAGGUGGGGCUGCGAGCUGGUGGCCCCUCCCGACGAGAGCGACAGCCUGGAGGUUGCCGGUGAGAUCCUGGAAACUUCCUCGAGCGAGGCAAGUCCAGGGACCGUGCUUCGCCCGGGGGAUCGCAUCGUGUCCGUCGGUUCAGUGGUCGGUUCCAAGAUGCUGGACACCUUGCAUGACAGCUCCCUUCUGUCACUGAGUCUCCUCGUCGUUCGAGGGGUGCUGAUGCCACCAGGGCUGAUCCAAGCCUCGCCGAAGGAGGUGUCUUGUGGGCCAUUGCAGAAAAGCGAAGGACAAAAACUUGGCAUUCGCAUCGGGCAUUGCUUUGAAAGCCCUCCUGCGCACGGGAUUCUUCUGGGACCUGGCUGUGCGAGCUCCAUGGUCGUCAAGGAGGUCGUCCCGGGUCAUCUGGUUGACCAAUGGAAUGUCCAGCAGGCGAGCUCCGACGCGCUGCUUCCCAGCUGCGUCAUUGUGGCCGUCAACGGCCGCCGAAAGUCCCAAGAGUUCGCCACAGAGCUUGCAAAGCCUGUCGUCACCAUCGUGUUCCGUCCGUUGCUGGCUGAGCUUGUCAAGCGGCCGGAAGUUCAGGUCAAGGAGCCGCGUUGUGAAAGCACGGACAGCCGGCGGGGCCGUCACGUGAGACCACUGCACCUCAACAUCGACGAGGAGGCUCUUCGGCCAUGGCCUGCGCGAGUCCUGCAUGGCUGGGCCCCACGCUGGCUGCUUCCUUGUCCCUUUGAGGAGCGCCUGCGGAAUCAGCUGCGUCUUCUGCACUGCGAGUUCACUGCCCGCAUCGAACGACCAGACGAAUCAAGGCGCUUGGGCCUGCACCUCCAGGGCGACCGUGGAGGCCUGCAGGUGCUGGAGGUUGCUGACGGUGGUCUGGUGGCACAGUACAACAAAGCACGGUUAGCGAGUCGCAGCUCCUCCGAAAUGGACGUCCGCCGUGGUGACCGGUUGGUUGCUGUUGGCAGCACCACCUCACCUGGCGCAAUGAUGGAUCAUCUUGCAAAACAAGGGCAGGAUGAUCUGGAGCUCCGAUUCUCACGUCCGGCGGCGAAAUCCGCUCCUGGGGUGUGGGAGAUCGACAUAAGGAGGAGUGAGAACCAAGGUUGGGGUCUGGAGUUGUCUGAAGUCAUGAUGACCACCCCAGCCGGGCCCCGAAGUGCAGGCGUCCUCAGAGUGCAGCGUGUCGCUGAGGAGGCCGCGCUCGGACAGUGGAACAGCAGCCAAGAUUCGCAGUGGUGUGUGGAACCUGGAGACCUGCUUGUCGCCUGUGAGCCGGAGGUGGAGCCGAAGCAGAUUCUCCGGAGGCUCCGCGGCGCUCAGGAAGUCAGGUUGACCUUUCUCAGAUGGCACAAGGGUGCUGCCCCAGAGCCAGAGGCCCUGCCCUCCGAGCCUGGGAGGAGCCGCUUCGAGGUCGUGAUCUCCAGGACCGGCGAAGAUCGCUUGGGCCUGCGCUUGCGACCGUGUACGCGCGAUCCCACGCGCACCGUGGUGUCGGAGGUGGUGCCGGACAGCUUGGUUGACAGGCACAACAAGGCAAUGCCGGAGAACCGGAUCUUGCAGGGUGACGAGGUCGACUCCGUCAACGGAGAAGGUGAUCCAGCUCGCUUUCCCGACUGCUGCUCACAGUCGAGGAUCGUUUUCAGGCUGACCCGCCGCUCCAACCGGCAGCACGCAGGCUGUUACAGCAAGCAUAGGCAUACCCCACACCUCACAUCCUAUACCCCCCCUACACUUUUACCCCAUUUCUCAACCCGCCUGCCAAAUCAACCUCGCCAAAACCCAUAUCACAAGCAAAACAACAACCUCGCCAAAACCCAAAGCACAACCAAAACCCAAAGCGCCUAA